UGCUAUACAGUUUAAUUUUAUCAACGUUGCUGUCUCUCAUGCGAUAGGAAUUUUAGUGACCAUUGGUAUACAUAAGUGUUCCCUGUCUUUGCAAGUACCAUGGUUUAUUUCUCUUGGUUUGCUAGAAGAAGUUGGCCUCUCAUGCUUGAGGGACAGGGCAAAAGGGACUGCUGGUUUUUUGGGUGCUGAAAGUACAAUGUUGUCCACAGCUUCUAAUGUUUCUAACUUUUUUAAAACAAAUUCAGAUUUGGUGUGCUUUUACUUUAAAUGUGACCCAAGCCUCUGGAAAUUUUCUGGAUUUUUAAUGAGUUCAGUUUUUGGCAUAUACUUUUGAGUAUAGUAUAAGACAUAAAAAAUAUGGCUACCAAAGGAAACUUAGGUGUAAUCUUUGCUGUGAAUCGUUAUGUUGGAAAAAGUGAAAUUUAUAGCUGACCUUGAUUCAGUACUGAAUUAGUCAUCCCUUACUUAUGCAGGAUAUUACAUCAGGAAUUCUUGGGUUUGUGUCCAGCCCUGAGCAGUCAACUUCCUGGACAAUGAAGUCCCAGAAUAGCUCUCCGUUUAACAGACAUUUAUUGAGCACCUACUGUGUGCCACGCAUGGUGAUAGUCACAUCUCAGCAUUGGUAUUCAGCCUUUCAUCAUGUUUCUGUUUACCCAAAGAAGGAGCUUCCUUUUUUCAUCCAUUUCACAGCAGGACUGUGUUCUUCUACAGCAAUGAUAGCUCUUCUCACACACCAGUUUCCUGAAAUCAUGGGUGUUUUUGCUAAAGCUCUAUUGUUCAGACCGCCGUAAACAACAACAGCAACAACAGCUGUGCUAAAGAACAUGCAGUUCAGAGGCCUGGAGACCCUGAAAAGAUUUCUUCUUUCGGUAUUAGCUGAUUGACUGGAAGGACUCCAAUAGGGCUUAUCUUAGUUUGUUUUCAAAGUGUAGUUUUUAAAGAGCCUCCGCAUUUAAAACUAUGUGAACUCUUGUUCUAUAGCAUGCCACAGUAUGGUAAUGAUUAUUCUGUAAUGUACUCCACGUUUUCACCAUUCGUAUUCAUUAUAUUAAGAUGUUACUACCGAUGGAUCUGUUCCUUCCUUCCUUCAGUGAGCAGGUAUGUGUUGGGCCCCUCUAUGGAGUAUGAGAUACAGUGUGUGUCCACAGGUAACUCGUAGUCUAGCAGCAGGGGGUUUGAGACAGGCAAGGGAUGUGUUAGUAUAAGACAGAAGCUGCUGCCACAGCAGUAGAUUAGCUCACCCUUGCAUGUUUAUUCAUUUGACUGGAAGUGACUGAGGAGUUAUUUUCACGUGCCUCACAUAAGAUGUAGUGACCUAAAAAGUCAUUUUAG